CAGGAGAAUGGUACAUGGUAGAGGGAACCCCCGUGAAGAAAAACAGCGUCAGUACAUGCGCUCAUUUCCUGGUAAAUCAGACGUCAUCGGAUACCUUCAAGAUAAAGUACACUGCAAUUAGUCACAGGAAUAAUCAGCCGGUCACCUUUAUCGUCGAUGGAACGGUAUCCGAUGAUAUCCUCGCGCAAUGGCAAUUAGUUGGCUACAAGGAGGCCUUUGGACCCUUCAAGCACGUCAUUCUUUCCCCGAAUUAUGAUUCCUCCCUGGCAAUGAUCGUCUGCGGAAAUGGGAAUCCUCGAUUCAUUCCUCGAGGAGAAAUUGCAAUGAUCUGGUCGAGACAGAAGACAUUACCUGAAGCGGAAUUGAAUGACUUGAAAACGAAACUGGGAGAGUACAUCGAUAAGGAAACCUUGCUUCCGGUGAACAAUAUCAACUGCUGAUACGUCCAUUUUCCUGAAUCCGCAUUGUUGUAAUCAUAUAAUUGCGCAAUUUUGCAACCAUACAAUUACAGCACCCUAAAACCGUCCUUAUAUAUCAACAAUGAAUAAGUAAAGUGCUUACAGGUCCGAAAAGAGUACCUAGUUACAGUGUUUAUGUACCUGUAUACCAGGUUAACAGCUGAUAUAUCUAAACUAUAUUUUUGCAAUUUCUUAAUUACAGCACCCUAAAACCAUCCUCGUAUAUCGACAAUGGAUAAGUAAAGUACUUACAGGUCCGAAAUCAGUACCUAGUUACAGUGUUUAUGUACCUGUAUACCAGGUUAACAGCUGAUAUAUCUAAAGUAUAUUUUUGCAAUCAUACAGUUUUGCAAUUUCUUAAUUACAGCACCCUAAAACCGUCUUAGUAUAUCAACAAUUGAUAAGUAAAGUACUUACAGGUCCGAAAUCAGUACCUAGUUACAGUGUUUAUGUACCUGUAUACCAGGUUAACAGCUGAUAUAUUUAAUCUGUAUUUU